AGCGCUCAGCUCAAGCCAGUUCUCUCGGUCUCUCCGUCCUCUCGCAUAGGUCUACUACGGCUCCAUCAAAGGCCCAAGGGGCAACAUGGCGCGCUCCAUGCUCCUGCCCGUGGCACUGUGCCUGGCGGUGCUGAGCUUCGUGCGCUCCGCCUGCUUCGUGCAGGCGCCGGCAAGGACCCUCCAGGCGCAGCAGCUGCGGGCCCUGGAGACCGCCACUCUGGGCACGAGCCUCUCCAUGGCAGGCGCACUGCCGGCCUUUGCCACCUGGAGCGAGGGCUCCGAGCCGGGCCAGAACAUCGACCCGGACUCCACUGAGUACUACAACCGCAAGGUCCUCAACGCGACGGCGGUCUGCCUCACCUUUGCGGUCUUCCUGUUUGGCCUGCUCAUCAGUCAGGCCAGGAAGUUGGUGGAGAACAAGUGGCUGAACUGAGCGGGGAGACCCGCAGUUGGCAUCGUUCUUGAAACGGACCCUGUGCAUUGGCAACUGCCACCAAAU